AUAAAACUACUGACCAUAGAUGCUCCCAUUAUUAAGUUCACUUUUUAUUUGAAAGAUAACUCAUAUAAUUUUUUAUAGCUUUUCAUUAUAUUAAAAACCGGGAGGAAAAAAAAAACUAUACAAAUUCCAAUUUAUUUCAAAAGUAUUUGUUUUUUUUUCUAAAAAUUUCUACUUACAUGGGUCCGGAGUUUACAUUUUCUUUCUACCAUAAAUACUACUAGUUAGGGGAACCAGAGUCACACAUCUUAGUCUAAGCUAGAAAAGCUUUUAGAUUUUUCUCAUUUUGAUAUUCAGUGGCAAAUAUGUUCUCCUUAAGCCCAUUCCUUCUUUUUCUUCUCACCUGCACUCUCAUUCAUCAAGCAUAUUGUUCCUCAAAUAAAGUUCGCAAGACUUACAUUGUCUACAUGGGUUCUCAUCCAAAGGGCAUUGACCUUGCCACUUUACCUUCUAUUCACUCCACAAUGGCUCAAAAUGUCCUUGGCAGUGAUUUUGAACCAGGAGCAGUACUUCACAGCUAUAAGAAGAGCUUUAAUGGAUUCGUCGUGAAGUUGACACAAGAUGAGGCAGAAGCAUUGGCCGAAAUGGACGAUGUGAUGUCUGUUUUUCCAAACAGAAAACAUCAUCUCCAGACAACAAAAUCGUGGGACUUCAUAGGCCUACCACAACAAGUCAAUAGGAUGAGUCUAGAGAGUGACAUAAUUGUUGGGGUAAUAGACACAGGAAUUUGGUCCAAGUCUAAGAGCUUCACUGAUGAAGGAUUUGGUCCUCCCCCAAAAAAAUGGAAGGGAUCAUGCCACAACUUCACUUGCAACAAUAAGAUAAUUGGCGCGCGAUACUUUAAUAUUGAAGGAUCCUAUUCUAAAAAAGACAUCAAAGGUCCAACAGAUGUAGACGGGCACGGGUCACAUUGUGCAUCCACAGUUGCCGGAAAUGUGGUUAGUUCUGUAAGCCUACAAGGGUAUGCUUCAGGGACAGCACGCGGAGGAGUUCCUUCAGCACGCAUUGCUGUGUACAAAGCAUGUUGGGAAACACAUUGUACAGAUGCAGAUAUUCUCGCAGCUUUUGAUGAAGCAAUUGUUGAUGGGGUUGAUGUUAUUUCUGUUUCACUUGGAACAAAUGAAGUAGUAUACUAUGAAUAUUUUGUAGGUGCUAUCAACAUUGGAAGUUUCCAUGCAAUGAAAAGAGGUGUAUUUACAUCGAAUGGUGCUAAUAAUUUAGGCCCAAAUAUUUCCAGUAUGACAAACUAUGCACCCUGGUUACUUUCGGUUGCUGCUAGCACUUUUGGUAGAAAGUUUGUUACAAAGGUACAAUUGGGAAAUGGCGCGGUUUAUGAGGGAUCCUCAAUUAACACAUUUGAUCUCAGAAAAAAAAUGUUUCCAAUAAUUUUCGCAAGAGAUAUACCUAACGCAACCGGUGGAUUUAACAGCUCUCUAUCUAGGUUCUGUGUCAAGGACUCUGUAGAUAAAGAUGCAGUGAAGGGGAAAAUAGUUUUAUGUGAGGGCAUUAUACAAGUGGGGGUUUUCUCUGGGGCGGCUGGUGUAAUAUUUGGAGAUGCUACAACAAAAGAUUCGCCACAUAAUUUUGCAUUGCCAGCAACGUUCCUUAGUUUAAGGGACCUAAGGGAAAUAGAAUAUUAUUACUUGAAAUCAAAAAGAAAUGCAACUGCCACAAUAUUUAAGAGUGAAGAAGUGGAAGAUUUAUUGUCCCCUUAUAUAGCUUCCUUUUCAUCAAGAGGUCCAAACCCAGUUACACCAAAUACUCUCAAGCCUGAUAUCGCUGCUCCGGGAAAUAAUGUUAUAGCUGCAUGGACUCAACUAAACCCGAUUUCUGAAAUUGAAGAUGAUAAAAGAAUAUUACCAUAUAAUAUUAUCUCCGGAACAUCAAUGGCUUGCCCUCAUGCCGCUGCAGCAGCUGCGUACGUUAAAUCAUUUCACCCCAAUUGGUCUCCUGCUAGGAUCAAGUCUGCGUUAAUGACCACCGCUACUCCAAUGAGCUCUUCUCUAAAUCCUGAAGCUGAAUUUGCAUAUGGCGCGGGGCUAAUUAAUCCUGUUAAAGCAGCAAAUCCAGGUUUAGUAUAUGAUAUCAGUGAAGCAGAUUAUGCUGAGUUCUUGUGCGGAGAAGGGUAUACAUCUAAAGAAUUACGAAUUCUCACUCAAGAUAAAACUACUUGCAAAGGAAAAGAUAAUGAGAAAGCCGUAUACAACUUGAAUCUCCCAUCAUUUGCAGUUUAUGUAAACGACACAUUUUCCGGUUAUGUUUAUCAUAGAACCGUUACAAAUGUGGGAUCGGCAAACUCUACUUAUAAAGCAAGAGUAAUAUCUUCAUUUUUGCUGGGAAUUGAAGUGAUACCUGAUGUUUUGUCCUUCACAUCUAUAGGGCAGAAAAAAUCAUUCUCUCUCACAAUUGAAGGGCAAAUCAAUGUGGAAAUGAUAUCUGCUUCUUUGAUUUGGGAUGAUGGGAAUUAUCAAGUUAGAAGCCCAAUUGUGGUGUAUGGGAGCUAGGAAGGAGUUAUUUGAACUUGGUGUGAUUUCUCACUUAGAAUAAUAAUGAUGGUUAUUAGUAAAUAAAGUUAUCACACCAUGUACUAUACAAAUUAGAAUCAUGUGUAAGUUGCUUGUAUUUACUAUUUUGGCUUCUUGAAUAAAUAAAAAUAAAAUAAACUGAUCAAAGUUAUGCUCUAUUGGUGGCUCUGCAAGUGCCCAGAAUCGCAAUCAAGUAAUAAAGUAAUAAGUUAUCAUUCUCCA